CUAGAUAAACACAAGCAGGCUAUACAGUACACCAUAAGGAUAUUCUCUAGAAACAAGGAAGGAGACUACUAAAAGAUACUGAUGACACAGGAAAACAUGGGAUAGAGUGAUGUAUUCAACAAUGGGAUAUAAUUUCCAUUAUGGAAAACAAUCUGAAUAGAGACAAUCUAAAACACAAGGAAAGACUGAACAUCAAGGAGUAAGACCACCUACAACCACAGUGUCCAGCAGGAUGGCUACCACUUCCAGUUCUGUGUAUUCUGAAUGUAAACCUGGAGACACAUUGUGUGAGAUCCGUGUGUAUGAACAGGAAGUGAUUAUCGUACCGGUGUUGUUUUUGAUGAGUUUCUUGGUCACACUGGUGUUUCUGCUGCUGCUGAAGUUCUGUCCUGAGAAGGUGGAUCGCCUGCAACCCAAGUCCAGUCGAACAACCAGGACUAGGAGAAACUUGCAAGGCAUUGAUGCUCCACAGGGUCUGAAUGCUCUUGAAGGUGAGCCCAUAGCAUUGGACACUACAUCUUACAUGACGUUCAACCCAGUUCGAGACUCCUAUAGAAAUGAACAUUCCUCCUUCAAUGCCAACAAUGUGGCCUUUACCGAUGGCGGAGGCUCUUUUGGCGCCACAGCUUCAGCCUUCACAAAGCCCAGGGAACUUCCACGACAGCGACUACCGGAGAACUUCAAAGGGGUGUCUCCUCUCAAAGCAUCAUACUCUCUGAAGUCAGACAGCUCCGUCUCACUCUACAGGGCUCGUAUGGAAAACAGAAAUGUGGUGCUGCGUGUACUUAAAGAUUCAGCCAGUAACCAGGAAAGUCAGUCAUUCUUGGGCUUUGCGUCCUUCCUUUCCCAGUUAGGGCCUCAUCCCUUCUUACCGGAGCUUCUGGGAGUUAUAUCCCUGCGAGCUCCUCUUAUUACUGUUAUUGAAGAGAUGGAGAACAGAGAUCUGCUCGGAUUCCUGUGGAGGUGUAGACAGGAUAAUGUUGGACCAGACGGCAUGUAUCAGAUGACAGAAAAAAAGAUCUUCACCAUGGCUUCACAUGUGUCCUCUGCACUGGACUUUCUCCAUACCAAAGAUCUUCUCCACUGCAACAUCAAAGCUUGCAGUGUGUUAGUCAGCAGGAUUUGUACUGCAAAACUCUGGGGUUUGGGUGAUUUGUAUGCAAGGACAUCAGCAAGUGUUAAUCACAGUGAAGAUCCUGGGAGAAAAAAGUGGCAGGCUCCUGAGCUACUGGCCAAGAGACCAGCCACUCCAAAAAGUGAUGUUUGGUCACUUGGGCUGCUACUGUAUGAAAUGGUGACUCUGGGUGAGGUCCCCUUUGCUGAAAUCCCUGCAAAGGAACUUCUACAGUAUCAUCAGCGAGGGAAAACCCUGAAGAAACCGAACAACUGCUCCAACUCACUUUACUCACUUAUCAAAGCUUGCUGUCAGUGGAAGGAACAGGACCGCCCUUCACUGGCUGAGGUCAGGCGUAAACUCCAAUCAGGAGAGAAGAGCGCCAAUGACAGCAGUGUUAUCCGUGUGCCUGAGCCAAUCAAUAUUGAACAGUAUCUGAAGGAAGCAGGAUAUGGAGAAUCCAACAACUACACCGUUUUCUAAACUUCACAUGACUCCUCACAAUACAACACACAUAUAUAAAUAUAUUAUUUGGUGUUUGUGGUGUAAACUGUUCAUCUCCAGUGCUUCCUGCUGAGUGAAUUGAGUCUUGACCAGUAGGGAUGUGACGAGAUCUCGUGGUGCGAGAUAUGGCGAGAUCCGAUGUGUCCCGCGAGAUCCGUCUGGUCUCGCGAGAACAUGACGAUAUCCUCGCAAAACAAUUUGCAGUUUACAUUAGAGCUUCACAAUUAAUCGUUUAAAGAUCGCGAUCUCAAUUCAAACACACACGCAAUCUUAUUCUUGAAUGACAACGAAUGUCUAUUACAACUGUUUCACAUCGCGAGUGUCAGUGGAGCGUGAGAAGCACGUUUUGUCACUGCCCAUGUUAAUGAAUAAUUCAUGCUGCUGCUGAUCCAGAAAGAGCAACACAAACAGUCUUUUCAACCACACAACAUUAUUUCUGUGUUACAGACAUUUAAUUAACAUAAGUACUGGGAUAAAAGUUUAUAGUUUGGGUAUAAACACUUAUUCUCUACAGUAGAAGACUUAAGCAAUAAACAUUUUGCCAAAACCGCUAGUAAAUUAUUUUAUUUUGUUUAGUUUUCUAAUCUUUUUUUCUUCAGAAUUGUGAGAUAAUCGUUAUCUCCAAUUUAUAUAUAAAAACAUGAUUCUCAAUUUAUCCAGAAUCGUGCAGCUCUAGUUUACAUGUUGUUUAUUGCUGCAUAUAAUAGAUAUAUUAUAUUAAGUAGAUAUAUAAUAUAAGUUGAAUGAUGAAUGAUGCAUUUAUUGUGUAUUGUUGUACAACCAAAGCGCUUUACAAUCAUGUGGGGGGGUCUCUCCUCAACCAUCACCAGUGUGCAGCAUCCACUUGGAUGAUGCGAUGGCAGCCACAGGACAACGGCGCCGGUGCGCUCACCACACACCAGCUACAGGUGGAGAGGAGAGAGACAGAGCCAAUCAAGUCGUUGGGGAUUAUUAGGAGGCCAUGAUUGACAAAGGCCAAGGGGGCAAUUUGGCCAGGACAAGUUGAUUUCAAAAUGCGUCUACAUUUUUUGCAUUUUGUGUUUUUCAGUUGAAUAAAAGACUAUUUCUCCCUAUAUAUUUAGUCAUCGAGGAUUUCUUUAAAAAAGUUUAAAAGUCUCGUCUCGUUCUUGUGAACCCAGUCUCGUGUUUCGUCUCGUCUCGUGGGAUAAGUGUCUCAUCACACCCCUAUUGACCAGCCAUACAGACAUAAGAAAAUUUUAAUGUAUGAAAUGUUAAUUUUAGAGAAUGUUUACAGAUAUUAUCCUUUCUUUAAAAUUCAUUGAACAGAUUGCAACAUUGCCAAAUCCUAGGAUUUUAUGUCACCAUGAAUAAAAUCCUAAAUGUAUUGUAUAGUUAGAUAUUUGAACUUGAUGCUAUGAAAAGGUGGAGUUUAAAGCAAUAAACACUGAAAUGUUUCAAA